AUGCUACGGGCUACCAGGCUGCCCAAGAAGGAAUUAGAUGUCACACUCAAAACGGUGGAGCAUGGGAUCACGCUAUUGAGAGAUAUUGAUGAGAAACGAAACCAACAUCAACUACUAGGUGAAAUAAAAGGUGCAGUUGAGUCAUCAUUCGUGAAACUAGACACAGAAAAACAAUUACAGCACCAGCUCACACAGGUCAGGAAUGAAUUCAAUGAAAGGCUGGACUUCAUCGCGGCCAACAUCAAUGGAACAGAAGAGAAGAUUGACUCUAUUGCUAAGAACAGCCAGCCAGCUGCACCUGAAGCCUCCUAUGCCGACGUCGCGCGAACAAAUGGGAAUGAGGCAGGGAAGGAAAUUAUCAGCAAAAACUCGGGAGAGAUUCUGGAAUACCUUAAUAACAUGCUAAUAAAGAUGGGUGCCCUGAACAAGGGCACUUUUGUCUCUGCAAUGAAGCUAAAGAAUACUGAUAAUCUCCUUACAGAAAUGAUACAAUUCACGACACUCUCUGGCCAAGCACUAACAAUUGCCGACAAGGAAUACGAGAUCAUACUACAUUUCGUACCAAUAACCUUUGGUGCAGAUGAUGCAUUUAAGCUGCAACGACUAGAGGACAUCAACAACCUUCCAACCUGUUUUAUCACCCGGGCAAAGUGGGCCAAAGCAAUGCAGAGACGAACGGAAGGACAACAUGUUGCAAGUCUCCUUCUGUACCUCAACAACGCAAAUGCUGCAAACUAA